AUGGAGGAGGUGAUGGAGGAGGUGAUGGAGGAGGUGAUGGAGGAGGUGAUGGAGGAGGUGAUGGAGGAGGUGAUGGAGGAGGUGAUGGAGGAGGUGAUGGAGGAGGUGAUGGAGGAGGUGAUGGAGGAGGUGAUGGAGGAGGUGAUGGAGGAGGUGAUGGAGGAGGUGAUGGAGGAGGUGAUGAGGAGUGAGGAGGUGAUGGAGGAGGUGAUGGAGGAGGUGAUGGAGGAGGUGAUGGAGGAGGUGAUGGAGGAGGUGAUGGAGGAGGUGAUGGAGGAGGUGAUGGAGGAGGUGAUGGAGGAGGUGAUGAGGAGGUGA